CCCUGUGUUCGGACAAUAAUCCACUGCUUCUUCCCUGACUCUUCUCUGCUUCUCUACUCGCGCCAGGCCAUCAUGUCGUGAGUUCCUUCCUGCCAGUGCUCGCCUUACAUGUCGAGCUUUGCGAGUGACGUCGCCAUCAUGUCGCGCCCAAGAUAGACAUAUCGCUUCCAUGCCUGCUCUGUGCAAUGCUGACCCUUCAUGUCCGUGUCCCACAGGUCUCAAUCACCCACCUCAAAACGAGGUGCGAAGACAACUCCUAUGACACCGGCAGCCCAAAAUCUGACCAGUGCAUCCGCCACUGAGCCGCAAGGUGUGCGUCCGCUGGCUCCAGCAUCAGCAGCAGGCUCGCACGAGGCCUUAGAUUUAGCGUCGCCGACUAAUCGCAAGCGACGUGCUUCAGGGGAAUACCCGUCAUCGACAGUGCCGGGUCCAUCGUCAAUGGCACCAUCGCAAGCAUCGUCGUCCGCGCCACCGGGUCCAGCAUCUGGCGGCACUGAGUUAGAGCGACCAAUACAACCGUCGCCAGCAAAGAAAGGGAGGACAAACACUCCGUGGACAGCAGCAGAAGAGCAACGGUUGAAACAGAUGCGCGACCAGGGACUCAGCUGGAACGAAAUUGCAAAGUCGUUUCCUGCACGGACCGAAGGAAGUGUGAAGAAACACUGGUACAAGGACAUGCACUACGCCGAGUUCGCGGAGAACGAGAGCGCGGCCCUUCUUGCUGCUAUCAAGGAGUACGAGGCUAAUAAGUGGAAGUCGAUUGGGGCAAAGGUUGGCAAGCCCGCAAAGGCGUGUGAACAGUACGCGAAGGAGCAUUUCGGUGGAAAGUUUUGAACGCAAUGGGGCGAUAAGAGCGUAUGUGGGUUUUUUUUUUCGAGAUACCCUCUGUGGUCAGAUCACGGCCAUGCGCUCGUGGGACGUCUGUGGGAUCGACAGCAUCUCUAAAUUCUUCUUGUCUGCUGCUUUGAGAGUUAUGAUGCAUUUAGCGAUCAUGGAAGUUUCUUGUGAGGGGUUGGCACCUUGAAAGUGGUGUCAGGCAUUUUCC